AUGCCGGAGCUUAUUGGUGUCGGGGAGUUCCUCGAAGAAACUCGAGAGGAUUACAACUCUCCGACAACGUCCACGUUCGUGUCCCGUAUGGUUCAGUGCCGGCAAACCAUUGCAGCGCUAGAAGAGACAUUGGAUUUCGAUCGUGAAGGAUUAACAAAACUUAAAAAAGCUGUCAAAGCCAUCCACAAUUCCGGAAACACCCAUGUGGACAACGAGAUGUGCUUGGUGCGAGCCCUGGAACGGCUCGGGUCGGUUGCUUUGUCCAAAGAGGAACCGGACAUUGGAGCAGCGUUCUUGAAAUUUUCCGUUGUAACCAAAGAGCUAAGUGCGCUAAUGAAAACAUUGAUGCAAAACAUCAACAAUAUUGUGAUGUUUCCUGUCGAUUCUCUGCUCAAGUCGGAACUGCGUGGUAUGAAAGGAGAGAUGAAACGACCCUUCGAUAAGGCGGCCAAAGAUUACGAUUCCAAACUGAUGAAAAUUGAGAAGGAAAAGAAGGCUCUCGCCAAAGAAGUUGGCAUGAUGCGAACAGAGGUUACGCCUGCCGAAAUAGCGGAGGAAAUUGAAAAGGAAAGACGUGUGUUCCAGUUACAGAUGUGCGAGUAUCUUAUAAAAUUCAAUGAAAUUAAAACCAAAAAAGGGAUCGAAUUGCUACAGCACUUGGUUGAAUAUUAUCAUGCUCAAAAUAACUACUUUAAGGAUGGUCUAAAGACAAUCGCCCACUUCGGUACAUACAUCGAGGAACUCAGUAUUAAACUACAAACCAUACGCCACAAACAGGACGAGGAACGUCGGAAGCUACUGGAAUUGCGUACCCUCUUGCGUUCCACGCCAGACUUUGAUCGUGUGGAAAAUGUUCCACCCGGCGACAAAGGUGGAGCGGUCGGGUAUUCAUUACAUCAAUUACAAGGCGAUAAAAAUCAUGGCAUUACACGCAGUGGACACUUGCUGAAGAAAAGCGAGGGCAAAGUGCGACGCGUAUGGCAAAAACGGCGAUGCCGCGUAACAGCCGAUGGAUUUCUAGACAUUUGCCAUGCAGACGAAACCAAAGCACCGACAAGGGUAAAUCUGCUAACCUGUCAGAUAAAACCUCUAGCGGACGAUAGGAAAGGCUUUGAUUUAAUUAGUUAUAAUCGGUCUUAUCACUUCCAAGCGGAGGACGAGGCGGACCAGAAGGCGUGGAUGUCGGUAUUGAUCAACUGUAAAGAGAAGGCCCUAGCGAAAGCAUUUCAGCAUGCCAAUCCACAGAUGAGUCCCAGCUUAAUAGAGUUGCAAAAAACCGUCAUUAAACAUAUACAAAAUUUGCCGGGGAAUGAUCAGUGCUGUGACUGUGGUUCCCGGAAUGAUGUCACAUGGAUAAGCUUGAACUUUGGCAUACUGGUGUGCAUACAAUGCUCGGGAGUGCAUCGAGAUCUGGGCGUACAUCAUUCACGCAUACAAAGUCUAACGCUGGAUAAUCUGACUACUGCACAACUUCUCGUUGCCCGUGCGAUGGGCAAUAAUGCGCUGAACGAAGUGAUGGAGGCCACCCUUGCGCAAGGAAAACUUACGCCGGAAAGCUCUAUGGAGGAACGAUACGAUUUCAUUCGUGCUAAAUAUGUAGCUAAACGAUACGUAAUGCGAACAUGUGCCGACGAUCGAGAUCUUCGAAGCGACUUAGAACAAGCCAUCAUUAACGCUGACCUUGGUCAACUGUUACAAGUUUGGGCAGAGGGUGCAGAUUUAACUUGUGUUUUGCCAUCAUCGGAUUUUGGUGAAACAGCUCUCCAUUUAGCGGUGCUGCGAGAAAUGGGAUCUACGUUGCAUAUUGUGGACUUCCUUAUUCAAAAUAUGACUGCGCAGGGUUUGAACAAACAAACCAAUCCACCCGGUCCGAUGGAAAUGAGUGGCAAGAACACUGCACUGCAUCUAUGCGCACUGCACGAUCGUCGGGAGUGCAUGAAGUUAUUGCUUCGUUCUGGCUGUGAUUGCGAUAUUCGUAAUUCUCAGAAUAAGCUUGCGUUGGAUAUUGCCAAAGAGAUGGGAAAUGAAGCUUGCAAAGAAUUGAUUGAACAUGCCAUGAAGCGCGAGAAAAGUGCUUUUGAUCAUAUUAAUACGGAUUGGAACAUACAUGACGAUGGGUCAACGGACUUUUCAGACGACGAUACCGCUUUGAUGGAUGAAAGGAAGUCGCGUUCCAGACCUCCAAGCUUUGUUGGGGGCGAUUCACCGGUUGCGUUACGAUCGCGGUCAUCCACUUGCGAUUCGAUUCAGAGCGGUUCCAGUCCCAGUUCAAGUUGUAAUCCCAAUGCGGUCCGCGAUCAACGUCAAAUACCACCAAUCCCAUCAUCCGGAACAAGUCCGAAACAGUUCAACACAUCCGCAUCCUUCUCCUCGCAUUAUGCCAGUGGUACCAGCGGUUCUGUAUCAAAUGCCGUUGGUGUUGGUAGCUCUGCUCCUACAUCGGGAUCUAGUCCAAUAUCUAGCAGCUCCAGUGGCAUCUCCAGGCCGGGUGCUACAUCGUCCCAACUAUCAUCAUCCAGUGUGGCAGCGUUUAAUGUGUCUACCAGUAAAAAGCCAUCAUCUGUAAAUUUGGGAUCUUUGAAGAAACGCACGGCGCCGGCACCUCCUCCUACUACCUACGGGACAUUACCACAUGCUCCACGACAUUCGCAGAACUUAGACAAUGAGUUGUUCGGCGUUGCAUCGCAGCAUCAUGGUCUGCAUGGACUGCAUCACCAUCAUCCGGACAUGUAUAGUACAUUACCACAUUUGCGAGGAUCCGAUGCUGCGUCCAAUAGCAGUGCUUCGUCCGUACCCGCCGUGCUGUUGUCGAGCGAAAUGCGCGGAGGAUCAACUAAAUCGAUGCAGGCGCAGCUGCAGUUCGAUAACAAAAUUUUUGAUCGAUACGAACCGUAUGCUUCUUCAACCGCUACCACUAGCGUAGGUAGUGGCAGUCGUGAUCCAAAUUUCUUGAGUACCUUCACUGGAGGUCAUAAGCGCUCACCUAGCGGAGAAUCACUUGGGCGAAACUUAGCUGGUGCUAAACUAGUUCUGCCGCCUGCUGGGGAAAUUCCACAGCUGAAACCAGUGUCUAACCGUCCCAAACAACCGAUCCCUUCCCAGGUGGUUGGAACAAUAAUUGGCAAUUCAGAAAAAUUAAAUUCCAAUGGACAAUCGAAUGAAAGCUUGUCCUCUGUGGAUGAUGCAAUUGUUAUGCGACGAAAGGCCAAAGGUCCAACAGUAACUGCGGAGUACGAAACGAACAUGGAUGAAAUGAUGAAGGGAUCAGCUUAUCCCGACUAUGAUACUUCUGGUAUACGAGUAAACACGUUAGACAACUCGAUAGCGUCUUCGUCGUGUGGUAACGCCGAUUCUUCCAACAGUAGCUAUAGUCGCAACGAUAAGAGUGGCAGUACUGCCUCUGUUGGUUUAGAUUCCUUCAACUUGUCCAGUAGAAGUUUUACCGGAGCAUUGCGGCGAUGUCGAGCAUUGUACGAUUGUAAUGCUGAUAACGAUGAUGAGCUUGAGUUCAAGGAGGGCGAAGUAUUACUCGUAUUGAACGAACGAACCGACGAUGAGAAUUGGAUGGAAGGCCAAAUUGAAGGUGACAGCACGAGGCGUGGAAUGUUUCCGGUUAGUUUUGUACAAAUGAUGGACGAUUAA